GAGAGCGGCCCCAGCUUUUGGACAGCAGCCCCAAGCGCCUGGACCCCGGAUCCUGUUGGCAGAUCUCAAAACCGGGGGUUAGGCAGUAGAAGAAGAAUCCUCCCUUCCACCAGAAAGUUUCCUUUGGGAGAACAAGCAUGCCAGUGCUGUCUGAAGAUUCAGGGUUGCAUGAAACCCUGGCCCUAUUGACCUCUCAGCUCAGACCAGACUCUAACCAUAAAGAAGAGAUGGGGUUCUUGAGAGAUGUCUUCAGUGAGAAAAGCCUUAGUUACUUAAUGAAGAUUCAUGAGAAACUGCGCUAUUAUGAGAGACAGAGCCCAACUCCAGUUCUGCACAGUGCUACAGCCCUUGCAGAAGAUGUUAUAGAAGAGCUACAAGCUGCAUCAGUCCACAGUGAUGAGAGGGAGCUGCUCCAGCUGCUGUCCACUCCCCAUCUCAGGGCUGUGCUCAUGGUACAUGAUACUGUUGCUCAGAAGAAUUUUGACCCUGUUCUUCCCCCUCUGCCUGAGAAUAUUGAGGAGGAUUUUAAUGAGGAGUCAGUGAAAAUUGUCCGUCUUGUGAAAAACAAAGAACCUCUGGGUGCAACCAUCAGGAGGGAUGAACACUCAGGGGCAGUCAUUGUGGCCAGGAUCAUGAGAGGGGGUGCAGCUGACCGGAGUGGUUUGGUGCAUGUUGGAGAUGAGCUGAGGGAAGUCAAUGGGAUUGUGGUCCUGCAUAAGCGGCCGGAUGAAAUCAGUCAAAUUCUGGCCCAGUCCCAAGGAUCCAUCACUUUAAAAAUCAUCCCGGCUGUCAAAGAAGAAGAUCGAUUAAAAGACAGCAAGGUAUUCAUGAGGGCUCUCUUCCAGUACAACCCCAGGGAGGACAAAGCCAUCCCCUGUCAGGAGGCAGGGUUGCCUUUUCAGAGGAGGCACAUCCUUGAAGUGGUGAGCCAAGAUGACCCCAUAUGGUGGCAAGCGAAGCGUGUGGGGGACACCAACCUCCGAGCCGGCCUCAUUCCCUCCAAGCAGUUCCAAGAAAGGCGUUUGACCUACAGGAGAGCCAUGGGUACUUUGCAGAGCCCCAGGAGCAUCAAGAAACCAUUGUAUGAUCAGUCUUGUGAUAAAGAGAACUGUGACUGUGAGGGUUACUUCAAUGGACAUUACAUCGCUGGGCUCCGGAGGAGCUUCAGGUUGAGCCGAAAAGAGAGACCUAACAGCCAAAAUGAAGGCAAAGUGCCAGAGCCUCCUGAGCUCCUGACAUACGAAGAAGUGACCAAGUACCAGCAUCAGCCUGGGGAAAGACAUCGACUGGUUGUCCUAAUUGGUUCUGUGGGAGCCAGGCUGAAUGAGCUAAAACAGAAGGUGGUGGCUGAGAAUCCCCAGCAAUAUGGCGUUGCUGUCCCACAUACAACCAGGAGCCGGAAGAGUCAUGAAAGGGAGGGAGUUGAAUAUAAUUUUGUUUCUAAACAAGCAUUUGAGGCUGAUUUGCACCACAACAAAUUCCUGGAGCAUGGAGAGUACAAAGAAAAUCUCUAUGGUACCAGCCUGGAGGCGAUUCAGUCUGUUAUGGCCCAAAACAAAGUUUGUUUGGUGGAUGUGGAACCAGAAGCAUUGAAACAGUUGAGGACCCCAGAGUUCAAACCCUACAUUAUAUUUGUAAAGCCUUGCAUCCAAGAAGGGAAGAGGAACUCACCUAUGUCACCAACUUCUGAGGAUGCUUCAGGUCCACUCAGUGAGGAGCAACAGGAGAUGCUCUCCUCAGCAUCCUUCAUAGACCAGCAUUAUGGCCACUUGGUGGACGCAGUCUUGGUGAAUGAAGAUCUCCAGAGUACAUACAAUGAACUCAAAGGGAUCUUAGAGAAGCUGAGCAAAGACUCUCACUGGGUCCCAGUCAGCUGGGUCAGGUAAUUCCAUUUUGCGCCCAUGUCUGCCAUCAUCAACGCCUUGUACAGAAGAAAUUUCUGUUUUUUUAAUUUUUUUUAAUUCAAACCUGGCCCCUUUUGGAUCAGGGUAAUCGCUGGAGAUGAAGGUGUUCUGAGAACAACACGUUUUGGUCGUAAAAAUAUCAAAGACAAAAGUUGACACUGAUGCCUUGUACCAAAGUUCGAUAGCUGUCUGAGUUCAAGUUUCAGAGACCUAAUUAAGUUGGAGACCUUAAUUAAACUAAUUAAGUUUGCCAAGAGAUCUUUAAGCCUUGGAAAUAGGGUCACUCUUCAUUUAUUCAACACUAUCAGAAAAGGAGGUGUUUCUCAUGAGUGGAUUUUCCACAUAAUUAGGGAGGCAUCCCUCCUGCCCUUUCAACAAGAAAACUUUAUCAGAACCUGAAUGGAUAUCUUAAUAAAAGGUAUUACACAUUUCCCUAGCCUUCUAAACCAUAUAGAGAAAUAGCAUGGCAUAGUUACUGUAUAGAGAGUUAGCCUUCAAGGGAGAAAGAUCUGGGUUGAUGUCUUGUUUCUGAUCCACGGGCAUGUCACUUAACCUCCAAAUUCUUGAGGUAAGGAUUUUCUAAAACUUUAAAUUGCAGAAAAGUUACAGACCUGCAUCGGAAGAGGGAAGUCCCUUCACCUGAGAAUUCUCUUUACCAAUGAAAUGUCAAGGCUAGGAAGAGUCUGCAGUAAACAAUGCCUGACAAUGAGGGUGGUUUAUGCUCACUUCUCUUCUCAUGGGCUUAGUAGAUGAGUAGGGUUCUUUGCCCCAUCCUAAGUGGUCUCGGUCAGUCAUGAUUUUUGAAAUUAUAAUUUUUGUCUCCUCUCUCACCCUCCAAAGUUGGCAGUCAUGUCGAAAGUACAGAUAUGAGUCAGAAUGACUCCAAUGGAGUCAUCAUGGUCCAGUGGAAUACUUGUUGGAUUUAAGACAGAAGGACCUGGAUUCAGAUUCUGCUUCUGUCACUGCAUUGGACAAGUCACUCUGGGCCUUUAAGCUGGGGGUGAAGCUAGAUGAUUUCCAAUGUCUCUUCUGACUCUGAAUAUAUAACCCUAUAUAAAACACGUGAGCUAAUCUUGAGUGAAUGGACUUUGUGAACUUUCUUUUGACUUCUCAGAAGCAUUUCCCCCAUACUUCUGAGUUCUUGGCUAUAAAUCCAUAAAACUGUGGCUGCCAAAAGAUAAAUGAGGUAUUGCUGGACUCUUCUCAGCAAUACUAAGACCGAAUAAAGGGCUGGAAACCAACACAGAAGCAUACAUUUUUGACCCUUAUACCCAUGAGAACCCAAGUGGGCUUCAGCUGGCCAGUAAAAGUAAAAUGAACCAGAGAGGAAAAGGUAAUUAAUAAUUCUAAUUUAGCCCCAUUAAGUUUCUUCUCCAAGUAGAGGUACUUCCUUAUUACCUGGGCUGUGCUCUUCUCUGCACAAGCUGCUGUAUUAGGACCAAAACCUCUCAUUUCAGCCAGGCCCACCCAGCUCCAUCUUUCAUUGUGCAUGGAUAUAACAGUGGCCUAGUUUGUGUAUCUAUUGCUUUGGGUUAGGUUUUGCAAGCUGCUGUCCCAUUUGCUCUCUCUCCAAAAUGCUUAACAAGAGUACCUUAUUUCAGACAAUUUUCCAGGAAAGAAGAGAUUUCCUGAAGUUUUUAUCCAUGUGAUAAGAAGAAAAUGCUGCAUUGG